AUGGCGAGCAGUGGCUGUGACGGACUCAAAGGUACUUGGGAUUAUGUCGAUGGAGAGAACUUCGAUGAAUAUAUGAAAGAACUUGGAGUUGGAAUGGCGACACGUUUAGCAGCGAAAGGAGUUAAACCACGUCUUGUUAUAAGUGAAAACGGUGGUAAAUGGUCUGUUCGAUCGGAAAGUUCAAUCAAAACAACUUCUUAUGAAUUCACACCUGGUGUUGAAUUCAACGAAACAACACCCGAUGGACGUGAAGUCAAAUCAACUAUCAACUUCGAAGGAAACAAAUGGGUUCAUACGUCAGUUGAUAAAAACGGAAAGAAAUCCGUCGUAACACGUUAUGUUGAUGACAAAGGUCAACAAAUGAUCGACAUGGAAUGUGGUUCAGUCAAAGCCCGUCGUUGGUACAAACGUGCUUAA